GUUUUCUGAAAGGUUACAGAGCACAGUCCUGAAUUGCACUGGAGUCUGAGCUGGGUAAGGUUUCACACCCAAAUUGGAAACAUGAAGGUGAAGUGCAUUGCCCUGUUCUCCAUCCUGCUCCUGGCCUCACAGCUGCUCUUGGUAGACUGUGAAAAACAAAAGAAAAGAAAAAAUGGGAGAGAUGGUGAAGAAGAAAGGAAACAGCUUGGCUCUCCUGACAAGAAUGAGAGAGACCGGAAAGCUAAGGGAGGAAAAAACCUCCCUAGGGGCAGGUUUUCCACUCAAGACAAUGUCCCCUGUACUUGGGCAGUGACUGAGAAGGAGGGUGUCACCUUGAGGGUUCAAUGUAAAGGACAGGAAACCCAAUUUGAGUGUACCUAUGCGGGUAAUCCUUCCUCCUGCCCCCAAUUUGUAGGCAAUGAAAAAGCCUACUGGAAACAAAUUGGCCGUGCCCUGCGGAAACAGAAGAACCUUUGUGCAGACCCAAAGAGUGUCCUCAAGUCCCGUGUGUGCAAGAAGGGUGCCAAAGAAGCCCAUCUCAAAAUGGUGGACUCCACCAUUAAGAGGGGGAAAAAGGAUCCCCAAACGCCAGCUUCCACUGGCAGGCCAGCUGCUCUGACCAUCCAGUCCACUGGUCAGCAAUUGACUACUCAGAAGUGUGUGGAGGACAUUGAGGUGAUCAACCAGAGAAAGAUGGCAGAAGAGUAUUGUGGGGAGUCUUGGAGCUCUCUAUGCACCUUCCUGCUCACUAUGUUCCAGGACAAAAAGUGCUAGCAAACUCUAAGGAGAAUCAGGCCCAUUCUCAGUACCUGCCCCCAGUUGGAGCUUCUCUCUCUCUCUCUCCAUGUGCUGCAUAAAAUUGAUCCACGCUUCCCUCUAUGGCAUAAACUUCCAUGGUGCUGGAAGGGAGGGAAGUACACCUAUGUAUUUAAAUGUGUUUUGUAAUUUUUUCUUGUUU